AUGAUGGUAACAGUUCAACGCGCCUUGAUUUGGCUAUCUGAUCCACGAAAACUCUUCAAACAGCUUCUUACUUACAACAUCGCAAUGACAAGACACACCUGGAGGGUUGCAGAUGCCGGCGUAUUGCUGUGGGAGCCGGCCGUAGAAGCUGCGACCGCUAUGGCACUACGAGAAGCGCAUGCUCUGGAGCAAUCGGACAACGUGGCAGAGGCUGAUGUUCAAGACAGCAAUGAGCAAGACUUGGUACUACCUUCUGUUGAGGGCCUCUUCGGAUCGUAUAUCAAGAGCGAGCCUGGCGAAGAUCUUGCGAUGAAAACUCUUCUGGGCACAUCACGCUACGCUUCAGGAAGUACAGAGCCAUUGUCAAGUCCAUGCCCGCUGAUUUCAGGCGGAAUCGUCUCUACUAAGCUGCACAAUUCUUCGAAGACAGGCCGUCAUCUCGAAGUUUCCAAUAUUGAACGAACGCCACUGGUACGUCGAACUCUCAACUUUGGGAUGGCAAACGUCCGCAAGACACUCGAUGCCGUACCAAAAUAUGGUGAGCCUGGUGGCUUUGAUUCAUUAGCAGCAUUGAAACGCCUCGAACGUGACCCACCCCACCAGUGGGAUGAAGAUGAGCGGGAGCUGCUGACGAUCCUUUACCGAUGGUACAAUGACAAAGACGCAACGACGCUUCCGAGGACUUUCAAUGCUGUUACCGACCAAGAUCUACGACUUUCAGUUAUUCGCUAUCAGUUCGACAGCCACCUGGUCUUGUACGGCCCACGUGCUUACCCAGAAUUCGGUCGCGUCAUGGCUGUACCUUUUCAUGAUCCUAUGCAGAAGUACGGUGAAAUACGUGCGAUCAUCGAAGAGAAGGCGGCUGAAUAUGGCAUUAACUUGUCGCGGCGGAGAAUCGAGGUCAAACGAAAGUCUGGUUUAGCUCAAUACGCGAGAUCUCCGACCACAAGGAAGUACUGGAAAUCUCUAGUUCGGCGCGCGGCAGAGAGAGAGAGGAAGAUGUCUUGUGUACCUCUAGCGCCAAAUGUUCAAGGAUCAUCAGCACAGGUUCCUCCGCUUGGAGGAGUAACUCUAGCAGCGGACGUUAAGUAUGAAGAUGAAGAGAACUGGUCGGAUGUUGAGGAUCUUAACACAUCCCCGGUUACAUUUACGCAACCAAGCCCUAGUUCCUUGCCUACCACCAAUUCUAUUGGGUUCAGGGUAUGGGAUGCAAACAGCAGGACGAUGUUCGACGAAGAGACUGGCUUCGUGAGCCAAGCGUUCUCAAUCUGGAAGGGUGAAUAUCCACCGCCCUUCUCCCCUGAUGGUCAAGGACGACAGGCGCUCAUGAUUCUCACAAACUUGCAUCUCUCAAUGAUCGGUGGUGCAUCCGCGUUUGUAUCCGUCUCAACUAGUCUUCUACAGGCGCUCGUUAAGGCUUCCACAAUGGAAGACCCCAGGAUAGCUGUCGGUAUGUUUCAUUCUCCAAUAAACUCGUUGUUCAUGGCUAAUUGUUAA